CGGCACGCCGGGAGGCGCAGCCCGGCCCCGGCCCUGCCCGGCCCGCUUCCUGCUGCCGCCGCGGAGCGCUGCCGCCGCAGAUGAGAAUAAUUGUCAAAAUCUAAAAAAAAAGAAGUGAAUCCAUCAAAUAUGGAAGAGGACACCAAACCUCUCUUGAUUCCUGUUGGAGGUGAUGAAAGCAAUUACGGAAUCAUGAAUAUACAGUUUAAUCCUGAAGAUUUUAAAUGCAAAAGACCAUUUCAUGUGGAGCCUACAAACAUAGUCAGCAUGAACGAUGACAUGCAACGAGUCACUGACGAAGCUUCAGCAAUGAAUAAGCGGAUUCAUUACUAUAGCAGGCUCACAUCUCCUACAGACAGGGCAUUGAUUGCUCCUGAUCAUGUACUUCCAGCUCCAGAUGAAAUCUACGUCUACAGUCCAUUAGGAACUGCUUUUAGAGUUGACAGUUGCACAGAUGGCUAUGGUAAAAACUCCAGUAUAGUGACAAUAUUUGUGAUAUGGAAUACAAUGAUGGGUACAUCUAUAUUAAGUAUUCCAUGGGGGAUAAAACAGGCAGGAUUUACUUCUGGAAUCAUUCUCAUCUUACUGAUGGGCCUUUUGACACUUUAUUGCUGUUACAGAGUGGUGAAGUCACGGAAAAUGAUACCUUUAAUAGAUACCUCAAACUGGGAAUUCCCAGAUGUUUGCAAGUAUUAUUUUGGAUCUUUUGGUCAAUGGACAAGCCUCUUGUUUUCUAUGGUAUCACUUAUUGGAGCCAUGGUUGUUUAUUGGGUGCUUAUGUCCAACUUUCUGUUCAACACAGGAAAGUUUAUAUACAACUAUGUUCAUGAUAUUAAUGUAACAGAUAUUGUUCCUGGCACAAAUGGAAGUAACAAAGUCAUUUGCCCAAGCGCUGCUGGUGAUCACCCACCACAAAAUGGGAGUAUGGUAUUCUCUUCUGGCAACACUACAGGCUUUGAGCUCUUUGAGGAGUGGUGGAACAAAUCACAAACAGUACCAUUUUACCUGAUUGCUGUUCUUCUGCCCCUGCUAAAUCUGAAGUCUCCAUCCUUCUUUGCAAAGUUUAAUGUCCUGGGUACGGUUUCAGUUAUCUACUUAAUUCUUUUGGUUACUGUAAAGGCUGCUCACCUAGGAAUCCACUUAGAAUACAACUGGUUUACAGAGAAUGAUUUUUUUGUACCAGAGUUUAGAAUUCUGUUCCCCCAGCUUACAGGAGUUCUGACACUUGCCUUCUUCAUCCACAAUUGUGUCAUCACUCUUCUUCAAAACAACAAGAAUCAAGAAAAUAAUGUGAGAGACCUCUCCAUUGCUUAUUUAUUGGUGGGAUUAACAUAUCUGUAUGUUGGAGUGAUAAUUUUUGCAUCUUUUCCUUCUCCACCACUAUCGAAAGAAUGUAUUGAACAGAAUUUUCUGGAUAACUUUCCCAGCAACGACGUCAUGUCAUUUAUUGCAAGAAUAUUCCUGCUGUUCCAGAUGAUGACUGUAUACCCACUGUUGGGCUAUCUGGCACGGGUCCAGCUAUUAAGACAGGUUUUUGGAAAUGCUUACCCAAGUGUUUUCCAUGUGCUCAUCCUGAACAUAGCAAUUGUCGGAGCUGGAGUAGUAAUGGCAAGAUUUUAUCCAAAUAUAGGAGGUAUCAUAAGAUACUCUGGAGCAACGUGUGGUCUGGCCUUUGUAUUUGUGUAUCCAUCCCUCAUCUAUGUGAUCUCCCUGCAUCGUGCUGGGCAGUUGACAUGGCCAGCAUUGAUCAUUCACAUCUUUAUAAUCAUCCUUGGACUGGCUAAUCUGAUUGCACAAUUCCUAUUGUGAAAACUCCCCCUUCUCCCUGUGGCUGUUACAAGUGGUACUGUGACAUUCAGCAACAGGCUUGAGCAACACAGUCACACAUGAGAUCCAAACAGUCCUCAAUAUGAUCUUCUUGAGAAAAGCUGCACCUCUAAAACAAAUUCAAAGCACAUCUGCCAGACACUUGAAAGGAAACCUACUAUGCUUCUCUAAAAACAAUUUUGAGAUAAGUGAAAUAGUUCAAAUAUGAGCGGGAUAGUUCUACUCUUUUUGUUGAAGGUACAUCAAGGUUUAAUGAAGCUUAAAAAUAUUAUUUGUUUACAGUUUGCUUUUCAAAACACUCAGCUUUCAGCCAUGGGCUGUAGAACUCCUCCUUUGUCUAAAACAACUGUCCCUACCUUUAAUCCAAACAUGCUUUUACAGUAUUGUUCAGUGGCUGUUUGAAAUGCUCUUUUAUUGCAAUUGUUUUACUGUUCUGUUUGAAAAAUGAAGAAAUUAUUGUCUUCCCCCUUUUUUUUUUUUUUUUUUUAGGUUAAUUUAUAGUAAUUUGGGUCAAAAUGCACUCUUAAUUUUAAAUAUGGUAUUAAAUUGUUUUGGCAACAUUUUUCCUCUGAAGAAUUCCAACUAAGAGAAACAAUAAACUCAUGUCUCAGUGUUUUAAUUCAGAAUGAAUAUGUAUACAAGUUGUUGGUGAUCUUAAAAUUAAAAACAUGAGGAGGAUUAAAAAAAAAUUAGAACAAGACUCGAUUAAAAUUAGAAUUCCAGGCUUGACCUCGCUUCAACUCUGUUAACUGAGCUGUUUAUGUGCUGUGAGGUUGUCAUGUCAGGAGUUAUUACGUGCUGUUACAGAUGCAGUGUGCAUUGCAGGCUUGGUUCUUUACUCCCUUGUAGGGUCUUAAUCUGGUGAUCUCUCACUGUGCUCUUCAACUACAUUACUGCAGACCAGAGAGACAACACAUGCAAAGCUAGCCACUUCAAAGAUGUGCACUAAAUGAAAUAAUUUAAGUUUUAGAUGCUUCUUAGAAGAAGCUGUAAUAAUCUGGAAAAUCUGGGAUUUUUUUGCUGUUUUAUGUUUAACUUUUUGUUUACUAAGAGGGUGUGCAUGUGUAUGCAUAUAGACACCUUCCUUCACCUGCGAGUCUGAGUCUUAAUCCAAAUCAUACAUUAAUGGUAGACCUGUUGGACACUAGUGGAAUGUCGUCAUCUGAGAUAGGAAAGAGAGUAAAAAAACCUUCUUUGUAAAGAAUUUCAGUUUAUUAAAGUAAUCAAAAAAUGCAGAAUAAUUAAAAGAGGUGUCUCAGCAAUGCUGUCACAUUUACUGAAGAAAGUAAAAAAAGAAAAAAUUUGAAAAGCGAUGCAAUGUUUGUGAAGUAGAACUUGAGUUGGGGAAGAUAAUUACGUUGCAGGGUAAGAGUUCUUGUCUUUGUCAGAAUUGCAAUGAAAAGCAUAACCUAGAUAAUGUACCAUGCUUCUCUGGGAAAUAAUGUGAAUUUUUAGAGUAAUAAUGCAGUUCCAUUUGUUUGACUUUUUUGACUUUUCAAAGACACUGGCUUGUGUGUCUUUUGUUUUGUGUGAAAUAUAAAUAAAUUAUUUCAGAUUCUCUUGU